GCCCUUUUUGACCCAUCUAGGCCACGGUACUUGUUGUUUGGUGAAACCAAGAUGGCGAGCGAACUAGACAGAGUACGAAUCUCAGCUGCGGAACUUCGAGCUGAAGCGUCGAAUACUGUUGAUAUUACUGAGUGUGAGAAAGAGGAGCAACAUGUACACAAACAGCACAAGAGACGUGAAGGGAAGCGCCCUGACCUGCACAUCUACCAGCCAACAGCUGGACAACCACGACAUCACCGGGACAGUGAGGAGGGAGAGACGGGUCAGAGUGAUUCUCGAGAGCUUGAGCAGCCCUUGCAGAGUGAGAAAAAGGGUUUCUCUGGAAAAGGUUUAGACAGACAUGAAAUGAUUUCUGGCAAGAAGGAAAAAGAUAGAACGAGAGGGGAUGGUAGUAACCUUAAGAAUUGUAAAAAGGAAAGCCAGUCACAGGCUAAAAUCGAAGUAGCUCAGGAAAAAGACUUGAUUGAAAAUAAUAGGGAACAACAGGAACCUACAGGAGCCACUAAGCCAACAAAGAAAGCUCGCAAACCUGACCGAGAAUUUUAUCAACCUGGAACCCGAAGAAAUGUUCAGGGCAAGGACGGUGGAGUUGGAAGAGGACAGGAUAAAUCUCCCAGGAAACAAGAACAGGGCAGUGAUCAAGAAUCUCCAGUCACUACUGGGGAUAUGGACGAGAAGAAAACACAUUUACAAAAGCAUGGGGGCCAAACUAAAGCAAAAGAAGUAGAAUGCAUACAAGAAAACGUAAAAUUAAUGAUGUCCAGUGAAACAAACAGAAAGCAAGGAAAUAGAGAUGCAGAGAAACCACCAUCAUCAUCUGAUACUUCAGUGGAGAUUGUAACUAGCAAAGUAGAAAGUCUUAGUAUGAAAGAAAAGGCUAAAGUAGCUUGUGGAGCAAUAGGUUCCAGGAAAGGGGAAACUGAUAAGGGGAAACAAGACCAAGGGGUGGGUAAAAAAGAGCAGGAAGAAAAGGUAGAAAAAAAGAAGGAAAGGGGAAACCGUAGGAGAAGAGGGGGAGAGAAGGAAAGAGGGAGAGAUCGCGAAAGGGGAGAGAAUGAAGUGGGUAGUUUAGUAAAGAAAGACCAGGGGGAUCCAGGGGAAGAAAAGGACAAAAGAGGAGCUGUUGGAGAUAGGGAUAAUACAGCAGGUAUGACAGGAGAGAAAUACCAAAGCAAGGGAAGAGAGAAGCAGAGAGAAAACAAAAGAGGAGACGACAAUAACAAUAGGUCAAGAGAAAAUGUGAAAGAUGCUAAGGCUGGUAGAAAUGUAGAAAGAGGUGAUCGAAAUAAAUCCAAUGCAAAUAUCACAGGACCCACUUCAAAACGCUAUUCCAAGUCAGAUAUUCGACGUCCACGGCAUCGAACUUACAGCAGCAGCUCAGCCAGCAGUGUGACCAGCCUGGAUGGUCCUCGACUAGGAAUGGAUGUGGAGAACAUGAAGUGGACAUUCACGAAUCCCAAACAUAAUAACGAGGCAAAGACAAUCAGUGGAGGAGGACAAAGAAGACAUUUAAAAAGCUGGACAACUAAUGGUGAAUCUUCUACAGAGUCCAUGGAAGGGAGUGAAACAAGUGACAUUGCAGCAAAUAGGAGGAGGAGGAUAAGAACCGAACGAGAGGAAGAGCUAAGUGCAGAGAGGCCCUUUGAAGAACGGAACAGGCCUAGGGGGAACAAAGGUGGGAGCUCUGGAAUUCUAAGGGUUUCUUCAAACAAACAUCCAGGUACCUCAUCUCAUAGCGGGAAUGUAAAGCAGCACAGGCAAGGUUUGGUUCCUCGUGGCAGAGGAGGGGGUAUCCUGAUACUUCCAUCAUGCACAGACAUUUCUAAAUCGCCCGAGGUUGGGCAAAGGCUACUUUUUGGUGGAAUUAGAGGAGGAUCAGCUAGCCGAAGUAGGGGAGGAAGGGGAGGAGGAGUGAGACGUCUCUGGGAUCCCAAUAAUCCAGACCAGAAACCUGCCCUUACCAGCACACAGUCAUCACAGCACUCAUCUCUCCACCAGCAUUCAUUUCUUCAUACGGGGACGGGAUAUGGACAGCUUCAUUUUCUGGACACAGAUGAUGAGAUCGUAGGCAGCCCUCCGGUUGCAAAGGGUGAAUCAUUUCGAUCCCAGCAGGCUGCUGCCAUGGGCUACUACAAAUUCCAAAACUCUGACAACCCUUACUGCUACCCUGUUUCCACCAGCAACCCGCAAAAUCCUAGUGGAACCGCUAGCAGCCAGCGCUACCCGUAUCCUUAUCAUAUGGGCCCCUACCAAAUGGCUCCCACUAACGGUAUGUACACAGGUCCCGUGGUGGGUCAGUUCUGUGGGAGCUACAGGGGUGCGGGUUAUACCCAGCCAACUGCAGGAGGUAGUUUGACAUGCGAAGAAGUGGAACAAGCCAGAGGGGAGUUGUGUCGGCUGCUGAGGGCUGCUGAUACCCAGGAGCUCCAGCUCAGUAACCUACUUUCCCGGGACAAAGUCAGCACUGAUGGACUUGAUCGCAUGACUAAGCUCAGAGUUGAGCUGUUGGGCAUAUAUGAGCAAGUCGUCUUAACAGACAUCGAGUUCUCCGACUCUCAGAAUGUGGAUCAGGCUUUGUGGAAGAAUGUCUUCUAUCAAGUCAUAGAGUGCUUUCGACAGCUACUCAAAGACCCCACCAAUGACAAUAGCUCUCAUAUUAGGAACAUGCUGCUGACUCUGCUUGAUGAGGGAGCACAAUUCUUUGAUUCUCUGCUUCAAAAGCUGCAAACAGUGUACCACUUCAAGUUAGAGGAUUACAUGGAUGGCAUGGCUAUCAGGGCACGGCCAUUACGCAAAACAGUAAAGUAUGCACUCAUCAGUGCUCAGCGCUGUAUGAUAUGUCAGGGAGAUAUUGCACGGUACCGGGAGCAAGCCAGUGACUCUGCCAACUAUGGCAAGGCUCGCAGCUGGUACCUAAAAGCCCAGCAGAUUGCCCCCAAAAAUGGACGUCCAUACAACCAGUUGGCCCUGCUGGCAGUUUAUACUAAGCGAAAGCUGGAUGCUGUGUAUUAUUACAUGCGCAGCUUGGCAGCCUCCAACCCCAUCCUGACUGCAAAGGAAAGUCUGAUGAGUCUGUUUGAGGAAGCUAAGCGUAAGUCAGAGCAACUUGAACGAAGACAAAAGCAGGAAAAUGAAGGCGGCUCAAGAGGUCCAGCAGUAAGAGGAAGGGGAAGAGGGAAAGAAGGGGCACGUGUGGAGAUUUGGAUUCGCACUAGUGGACAAGCAGCCACCCCAUCUUCACAGAGAGGAGGUAGCGAGUCCAGCAGAGAUUCUGAACAGGAUGGAGAGCUGGGAAGUCUCAACGCUAGUGAUCUAAAUAAGAGGUUCAUUCUAAGUUUCCUACAUGCACAUGGAAAGCUCUUCACCAAAGUUGGAAUGGAAUCAUUUCCUGGAGUAGCAAGCCAUGUCCUGCAGGAGUUCAAGACUCUGCUCCAGCAUGGCCCUUCCCCACAUAUGCUGCAGGUCAUCACUAUCAACAUGUUUGCCACACACAAUGCCCAGAGCAGAGGUGAAGAAGGUGUGCGGUCCGUCCUACAGGAACAAAGCACUGCCCUGGGUCUUGGCAUGUUUGCACUAAUGGUGCAGCGCUGCACAGAGCUGCUUAGAGAUAUCCCUGCAGAACCAGUCCCCAUGGCAGAUGGAGAGGAGGAGGGUAAGGGGGGUGAGCUGGAGGGCAUGGUGCGGGUGUCAGCCUUCCCCGUGGACCUGAAAGAUCUGCUGCCAAGUAUCAAAGUCUGGUCUGACUGGAUGCUGGGGCACCCAGACCAAUGGAAUCCACCACCAUGCAGUAUAGAAUGCAGUCCUGAUGUUUGGCAGUGCCUGGCUGAUUUUUGUAAUGUGUUGGCACAUGUGGAUCACGAGGAAGUGCCACUGUACAAAAUUGACAGUGAUGAAGGCGAGGGAGAUGAAGAGCUGACUGUUCUCCAGUUAAAGGAAGACAGGCUUCUUGCAGGCUUUGUGCCACUGUUGGCUGCACCACAGGAGCCUUGUUACACAGACAGAUACACUGAUAUGGCAAUAGCAGCAGAUUGUAAGAGAGUGACUGUACUGAAGUAUUUCCUGGAGGCUUUAUGUGGACAAGAAGAGCCUCUGUUGGCCUUCAAAGGAGGAAAAUACAUCUCUGUGGCACCUACUUUACAGACCCCAUCAGUGGACACAAGGCACAGACAGGAUUCUCUAACAGAGAAAGAGGCUGAUGAUGUCAUAGUUGAGGAGGAGUCAUCUCUCUCUGCGUCAGAAGGAGAGGAGGAUGCUGAGGAGGCGGGAGACAGCGAGAAUGACAUCAAGCAACUGAAGGCACGGCGCCAUGCUCUCGCCAACAAACUGGCAGAGCAACAGAAGCGCAGAGAUAAAAUACAGGCUGUGCUGCAGACAGGAGGGCAGCUGGAGAUAGAAGUCAGGCCGGUGUUUUUGGUCCCAGAUACCAAUGGAUUCAUUGAUCAUUUGGGAGGACUCAAGAAACUCCUUCAGUGUGGAAUUUAUAUAAUCGUUGUCCCACUCAUCGUGAUCACUGAGUUGGAUGGGCUCGCCAAGGGCCAGGACAACUUUAUUGGAGGAAUGGGGUCUGGGGGACGCAGCACUGGCAGUCGUGGUAACUACAAUGUUAGUGCAGCCCAUGUCCGUGCUGUGCAGGAGAAGGCUCGGCUUGCAGUAGCGUUUUUAGAGAAGGGAUUCGAAGCCAGAGAGCCAUGCCUCAGAGCCUUAACAAGCAGAGGAAAUCAGCUGGAGUCCAUUGCCUUUCGCAGUGAAGACACCUCAGGACAACAGGGUAACAAUGAUGAUGUGAUUCUGUCUUGCUGUCUCCACUACGUUAAGGACAAGGCAAAAGAUUUCAUGCCUGAUCAGAGAAACGGGACAGUAAGGCUCCAAAGAGAAGUGGUACUUCUUACAGAUGACCGAAACCUGCGUGUCAAAGCCUUGACCCGCAACGUCCCAGUUCGAGACAUCCCCGCUUUCCUCAGCUGGGCCAAAGUGGGCUGAACCCAGCUGAAGUAGAAUCAAAGGAACCUAACUGCGAAAACCUGCAUGUCACUCAGUGAGAAGAGAAGACACACUUAAGCAGAGGAAGUAGGAAGGGAGAUAGCAGGGCAGAGAAAGUAAAGAGAGAGAGUUGAAGAACCACUUCUUAUGGAACGCAAGCAAUUGUAGUGAGGGCAGGAUGGUUUCAAUGAGCUUUCCCCUUUGUGAAGAAGUGUGCGUGUGUGUAUGUAUGUGUUCAGAUCCGUGAGCUUCCCUCGAAGAGCGAGAGAGACCUGCUAAGUCUCACGAAUAGACCGGAACGAAGGAGGCAAAGAACUCAAAGGGAUUUGAUUGCAAGUUGACCAAACGUGAGCCUCUGCUUAGUAAGUGAAGACUCAGCAAGCGAAAUUAACGUAACGAGGCUGAUCCAGAAUAAGGAGGAGAGUGGGAAGGUGUUUGACAGCAGUAAUGAAGGCCAUGAUUGGCACAUCCAGGCUUUUCUGAGGGUGUAGUCUGCUUUGCCUCUGGCAGCAUUUGAGAAAGGUAGAGACGCAGCUCGAGGGGCUGUCGGUCCAGGAUGAAGUGGCUGGAUGUAGUGAGGGUUACAAACUCUCGUGCAAAGUCAGCACCGCCAAGGAAUCACAAGCAGUGACCGCAUUUCCUGCUAAACCAGGAAAGUGCCUCACAUCUGUUUGGUAACUAAGGUUGUUCCUCCAGCUUGAUGCCAACAUUAAGUUUGGGUAGUGUGGAAAAACUGUGUGUAAAAAGUCAACAAAUAAUUUGAGUUUUCUUUUCUUUACUUGUUUGAGUUUGCGUUCCAUUUUGGAGACAGUUUCUUUAUUUUAAAGAUCAAUAAGUAUCUGCAAAGUUUCUCAAAAGGUGUGAACCAUAUUUUUUUUAUCUGAAUUUUAUUUUUAAAUUAGCUCUUGAUGCAAAUGCAUUUGUAAAUAACAGUGACUGUAAGUUACUGGUCAUCCUGUGAGAUUUAAUAUAACCGGAGUGCAUAGUUGGUGUAUAAAGACUUUUUAGUUUCAUAAAAUUGUGCUACAUUGUGUUUGGUUGUUUAAGUGUAGUUGUAGUUAUCAGUCACUCAAAAUGGCAUUAAAUAAAAUUGGAUAAAACGAUUUUACACUUAUCUGUUUUUAAAUGCAACCUUGGUUGGAUGUGGUUUAGUCCUUGUCAGGGACUUUGCAGAUACUUUAAACUUCACCAGUAGAUUUUAAUAAUAAACUUUAUUCUCUGUUUAUCUUUACAUUCAUAUUGGUCUGUUUUCAGCUGUCUCUGCUAUUCAGAGUUAAGUUCAAAUAAAAUACAUGUGGUUGUCAUGAGGUAAAAACACACAGCUCACUGAUGACCUUUGGGUCAACAUUGAACCCAAAGUGUUAUUAACUCUACAUCAGCGGCAUCAGCAUAUUUAGAAUCAGUUUGUGUCUGUGCACAUUUAAGAAAAUGUUUGCUAAAAAUACAUAUUUGGAAUCUUCAGUUCUGUUGUGUUGUGCAACACCUUCAUACACUUCUCACAGCCUAAUCCUAUGAAUAUAUCAUAACACUGGAUGUAAUAUUCUGUCUGUCCUGUGCCUUUCCGCUUGGCUUGUACAACUUCUAAAAGCAGUUGAUGUAUUUCUGUCACCUGUCAACACUUUUUUAUUUUGUUCUGUUCUGUUGCCUCUAGUGUUCAGUGCAAUCUUCUGCUAAGUGGCACUGCUGCGGUGUUUAUGUCAAAGCAGAUGAAGUAAAUCCAUAAUCAAUCUGA